AGCUUCAACAUCUUCUUCAGAGCUACGUCUCCCUACACUGCUGAAUCCUACAAAGCUGCACUAUCACGCUACUUCCCAGGCUACACCGAAACAAACAAUGCAGCAGAUGCACACCUGCAACUCGCAGACUACGAAGACCUUGACUUCCAAGCAAGUCUCGAUGAUACGUCUCACUGGAUCUGUGCGUAUGCCAUCAGAAAAGCAUUGAUUCGCAAACACUUCCUAGCAAAUACAGUCCGUGAAUAUAUUGCCAAACAACCAGCCAGUAUCUUGACCCGAGCCAUUCCUGAUUCAUGGACAUUGGAGGUUGAUUAUGCUGAGUUUCUGGAUGAUGCACUGGAUGAAGCGUUUGAGUUGCGGGGAGAGCUCGAGAUGAAUGAAGAACGAGCGGUUGAGGAGAGGGAGUGGUUCAUCUUGAAGCCGAGUAUGUCGGAGCGUGGUGCCGGGUUGCGGCUCUUUAGCACAAUCGACGAGCUGACCACCAUCUUUGAGGAGAAUGAAGAAUCUGAAGAGAUCAACGACGAAGAGGAAGAUGCAGAAACGCAAGACAACGGCGUCAUGACCUCGGAUAUGCGUUUCUUUGUGGUCCAACGGUACAUGAUGCGACCACUCCUCUUGCCCGAGCUGCGAGACUGCAAGUUCCACAUCCGCGCGUAUGUUUUGUGUAUUGGCUCUCUCCAAGUCUUGCUGCAUCGCAACAUGCUUGUUUUGUGCUCCUUACAGCCCUAUGCUGCUCCGUCGGCAGACAAGCAAGUCCUUGGGAAGCACCUGACAAACACAUGCUAUCAAGGCGAUACAGCAGCUGUCUAUUCCUUCUGGGGUCUGGAAACAACCAGCAUGGACAAACAUGCCAUUUGGCAACAACUCAAGGACAUCACAAGCGAGACCUUCAGAGCUGCUUCUGCACAACGAAUACACUUCCAAACGCUACCGAAUGCCUUUGAGAUCUUUGGGCUUGACAUUCUAGUGGAUGCAGAGGGCGCUGCAACACUGCUGGAGGUGAAUGCGUUUCCUGAUUUUGCACAGACUGGUGCAGGUUUGUCUGGGCUGAUCGAUGCAGUGAUUACAGACAUGAUGGAGCAUGUC